AUGAUUGGCAAUAGUAGUCCCAGUGUCAUAGAGUCACCGCCGGCGACGGUGAAGUUGUCAUCUUCGUCUUCGCUGGCGAAAGGUAACGCCAAAGGCUCAACGACCGCAUCCACCGCAAAUCCGUGGUUCGGUGUCAAGGAAUACGCAGCUUCUGCAACCGCACAACGCCGUAAGUCUAACCGUUCGAUAAAAUGACA